CACUUUGCUUAAAUGAAAUUAAAAUUAUAGGAGAAAGUUCUGGGAAAUAGUCAAAUUUUUUCUUCAAAAUGCUCAAUAAUGCUCGAAAAUUUUCAACUGAGCGCGCAUAUCUGUACAUACAUAUACGUAUGUAUAUGAAUAGGUCAGUGGAAGUGAUUUUUACUGCACAAGCAAUUUCACAUUCCAAACAGACAGCAUCACCAGCGUCAUGUCAUGGAAGGACAGUGAAGAUUAACAGAUCUUGCGCUCUUUUAAGGCAGUGUUUAAGUCAGAGAGCUUUCACACGGCAGCCUGAAGAGGGAUGCUUACUGGAGAGAGGGCGCGACGAAGAUAGGCGAAGCGUACUAAAAAGGUUUCCUGUUCUUAUAAUGACAUUUCUGAUUACAUUUACAUUCAUAUUGUAAAUGAAUUCA